UACGCUAUCACAGUGUGGCAUUGUAAACCAGACAACAAAGUGUGAUACGCUAUCACGGUGUGGCAUUGUUAACCAGACAACAAAGUGUGGUACGCUAUCACAGUGUGGCAUUGUUAACCAGGCAACAAAGUGUGAUACGCUAUCACAGUGUGGCAUUGUUAACCAGACAACAAAGUGUGAUACGCUAUCACAGUGUGGCAAUGUUAACCAGACAGAAGAUACCCUGGAACAAACAGAAACACCGUUUACAGCGCCACAUAAAGAAAUAUUCAUACUAAGGGCCAAUGCUAAGUCAGAAUCGAUGGAGAAUUCAUCCAAGCUUGAAUCAGAAAGCACAGUCGAUGAGUCUGUCAGCGAAAUAUUAAAGGACAACGAUAAUGCUGAAGAAGGAUCUGACAAGAGUAAUUCUGUAAUUUCGGAUCGGCGUGGGUCGAUACAGGAGAGCUCACGAUAUGAAGGUUAUGGUAGGAACACACACGACAGUUCGCCAGGCUCUUGUGCUACCGAGUGUUUAUCAGAAUCAGAACUAGAGGUAUUGUCAGGAGUACCUGGAAUGAACAACGCGAACGAGUCUAGUUUUGAUAGAGAGGAGGCAACAAAUGACGGAGAAAAGUCAACAAGUGACAUAAGUUUAUCGGGUGUAGAACAUGUUACCACACACAACGAGUACAGUACGAGUGGAGAUAGUGACAGAGUUAUUGGAGAUGUUGAAAUUGAAAGGGACAUUGGUGCAAACUUCAAGGGAAAUGGAAAGGGCAAAGUACAUGAUCCGCAGGGAAAAGUGUCUGUUCAAUUGUGUGAGGGUAAUACAGAAAGUCUACAAACACCGACUGAAGCUGUACACAAUGAUAAGGACACUUGUCAGGAAAGUGGGUCUGUUGUCAACAUCAUGGAACGUUCAAAGAAAUGUCCCAGAAACACAUGCCUUAAAUCAGUAAGAAAACGGAAACAAAAAACAGGAUCUAAUUCGAAAAUGCCUGCAUGCUAUCAUUAUGAUAAAUCACAUAGUGAGUCUAUUUCGCCCAAUAGUCAUAAAAAGAUCUACAAAAAUAUGUCGGAUGUGCAUGAUUCAGAAAUCCCGUGGAACACUGACGAGACCACAGCAGUGAGAAACCGUGGCUUUGUGCUUCAAACAAAACAUAAUGAACUGAAAACAGACAAAAUCACGGAAUUUGUAUGUAUAAUGUGUAACAAACAGGAACACAGUCAACAUAAACUACAGCAACAUAUGAUGACGAAGCACUCAUCUGACGUAAGUAACACGGAGUUCCGUUGCCAGACAUGUAGCAAAAUAUACCCAAGUAAACUCAGUCUGCAAGGACAUGUUCGGAUACAUAACUCGAAGGAGCAUGCGUGUCCAGUAUGUCACAGGACGUUCCACCGACCGGCUUAUCUGAAGCGCCACAUGCUCAUCCACACGGACGAAAAUCCUUACAGGUGUCCGUAUUGUAGCAAAGAUUUUGUUUGUCAAAACUUCCUCAAACCACACCUUAGAACCCACACGGGGACUAAACCUUACCAGUGUGAUGUUUGCGGAAUGCGGUUCACACAGCAGACACAACUUAUGAGCCAUAAAAGGCAGCACGCUCCAGAAAAGGCGUUUAGGUGUGACGAAUGUGGUGUCGAGUUCGUCGACAACCAGGAUCUGCUGGUACAUAUCGCUGCGCAUGGGCGAGAGGCAAACAAGUGCAAAGACUGCGGGAAAGUGUUCGGAAGGUUGAAACAUCUGCAAAAACACAUGGAGAUUCAUAACCGUGACCGAAGACGACAUCAAUGUAAAUAUUGUGAUGACACAUUUCUAAAUAAAAACGACUGUAGAAUCCACGAGUCAAUCCAUACAGACGACAUGGCCUUCUCGUGCGAGUACUGUGGUAGACAGUUCCGACACAAGUCUGGUCUAAACUACCACAUUCGUACUCAUACCGGCGAGAAACCUUACCCUUGUAAGAUUUGUGGCAAGUCAUUCCGGACGAACUCCUAUCUGCAUAAACACACAAUGUUCCACACUGGGUUCAGACCUUACAAGUGUGACCAGUGUGGGAAAGGAUUUACGUGUAAAAACGAUCUGGUUAUACACACGAGAACUCAUACGGGUGAAAGACCCUUCACGUGCUCGAUAUGUGAGAAAACGUUCAGAGAAAUGACAACAAUGAAAAAGCACGUGCUUAGUAUACAUACAUGUUCUACCUGUGGAAAGACAUUUCGGGAGAGGUCUGAUCUAGGUAUGCAUGUUAUGUCGCAUCAGAGCACGACUACGUGUAGUCAACAGGUAUAGAAUGGGUGUUGGCUUAAUGUUUAGUGAUUGUUUGAAAUGAACAGGAUAUGUCUCGUAUACUAUCAUAUUGAUCUUCUGUAGCCUACGAAGGGAUGGUCUAGUGAUCAUGAUGUAAGUGCUGUUUAUUUUCAUGUACAUCAUUGCCAGUAUGACUUGCGCGGAAUCUGUCCAACGCCCACGAAAAUAGUUACAUUAUCUUCUUUCAACCCAUUUGAAUUUAAUCAGACUUAUAUUCAACUCUGCUUUACUCAUGGCGCUAUAGUUCUGUUAUUGGUGUAUGGGAGAAAAUAGUAAUAGAAACAUUUUAAAUGGUGUUAGGCAGAUUAAACUAGUUUUAUUACAAUCACGCCUGUGCUAACAAAGAAACGGAUAUUAAAGUCGACAAUUGUAAUAACUUCACAGCGGCUUUUUUGUGUUGAAUGUCAAAGAGAUAUUCCGUCUUUGCGUAUUGCAGAGUUAUCUUCUCUUGUGAGCAGGUAUCGAUUG